CCCAGGACAGCCCCAGCCGGUGAUUGUUGCGUCGGCUCCUCUCUCAGCUGAACCGCCGCAGAAGGUCUCUCUGUAUAGCCGGUUAGCAUCAUGUCGAACGUUGUGGACACGAAGCUAUACGACAUCCUCGGAGUUUCACCGUCUGCCUCUGAAAAUGAACUAAAAAAGUCCUACCGCAAACUGGCCAAAGAGUACCAUCCUGACAAGAACCCUGACGCUGGAGACAAGUUUAAAGAGAUCAGUUUUGCAUAUGAGGUACUGACGAACCCAGAGAAGAAGGAGCUUUAUGACCGCUAUGGAGAACAGGGCCUACGGGAGGGAGGAGGCGGUGGGCCUGGCAUGGACGAUAUCUUCUCUCACAUUUUUGGCGGAGGACUAUUUGGGUUCAUGGGGGGACAGGGCAGAGGAGGACGCAAUGGAGGCCGGAGGAGAGGAGAUGAUAUGGUACAUCCUCUGAAAGUUUCUCUUGAAGACCUCUAUAAUGGCAAAACCACCAAACUGCAGCUCAGUAAGAAUGUGUUGUGUGCUGCCUGUAAUGGUCAGGGGGGUAAAGCAGGAGCAGUGCAGAAGUGCGUGGCAUGCAGAGGACGAGGUAUGAGAAUCAUGAUUAGACAGCUGGCCCCUGGGAUGGUCCAACAGAUGCAGUCCGUCUGCACAGACUGCAAUGGAGAAGGGGAGGUGAUAAAUGAGAAAGACCGCUGCAGAAAGUGCGAAGGUCAUAAGGUGUGUAAGGAGACUAAGCUUCUCGAGGUGCACGUGGACAAAGGCAUGAGACACGGACAGAAGAUCACAUUCUCUGGGGAAGCUGACCAAGCACCAGGAGUCGAACCAGGAGACAUAGUGCUGGUGCUGCAAGAGAAAGAACAUGAGGAAUUCCGCCGUGAUGGCAGUGACCUCCACAUGGUCCAACGCAUCGGUCUGGUUGAGGCUCUGUGUGGCUUCCAGAUGACUGUCGCACACCUUGAUGGACGUCAGUUGCUCGUCAAAUAUCCACCUGGCAAGGUCAUCGAGCCAGGUUCUAUUCGAAUGGUGAAGGGAGAGGGAAUGCCUCAGUACAGAAACCCAUUUGAGAAGGGAGACCUUUACAUCAAGUUUGACGUCCAGUUCCCCGAAAACAACUGGAUUAGCCCCGAAAAACUGAAUGAACUCGAGUGCUUACUGCCUGCUCGUGCUGAGAAUCCUGUUAUUGCAGCAGAUGCAGAGGAAGUUGACCUGACAGAAUUUGACAAGAGUCAAGGGUCAGGAAGUGGAGCCAGGAGAGAGGCCUACAAUGAUAGUUCUGAUGAGGAAGGGGGCCAUCAUGGCCCAGGGGUGCAGUGUGCACACCAAUAGAAAGACUCAUACAUAGAAACAUGCACAUUGCGCGUGCACACACACAUAAAUACAUGAACAUCUCUUGAGUUCCAUUGCUAACACCAUUCAAGACUUGACACACAUACAUACAUACAUACAUACAUACACACAUGUUGAUUUCUCUCCUUUCAUGAUUCACGUGAAAAAGAGAUGUACACAAAUACAUACACACUUAUAUCAACCCUCCUCAGUCCCAUGGUGCCCAUAAGUCAGAGAUAUGCUGGACGUGUGAUGACCUUUUUGUGUUUAUGGACAGUAGUGCUCAUCAAAGCCUCCGGCAAGAAGGUUCACUGAAUGAACUUGACUUGGACCGCCCUGUUUUCAUCCUCGGCUUUUACCUUUCACUGUGGGAAACACCAGUCUAGUGUAUAAAAUGCAAAUAUUGUUGACUUUCUUGUAUAUGGUGUAGUUUAGUCUAUCUCACACAAGCGCAUGCCGCUUUCUUGCUGACGAUCUCGCACACGUAGGUCCAGGGUCCGGAUAGGACACCACAGAGACAUCUGACACCACACCUGUUUAAAUUUCAACGUGUCACUGCUAUCAAGAGAGCUGACCUAAUUACAGCCCUAAAAGUGUGUCCUCCGCACAGCCUGCUGAGAGCCGCACGUUUUAUUCCUCGUCAUCCUCCGAGGUGAACAGUCAGAUUUUUGAAAAGGCAACCGUUUCUGUUAAGUCCCCAGCCAUCGCAUUGCUAAGAUAUUAAAGCCCCGAGUAAAAGACAAACGAAUUUUAACUCGUUUGUCUUUGUUGGUUUGAAUGUUGGUGUGUUCCAGACCACAGAAGUUGAACCUAAGUUGCGUACUCUUCAUUUGAAUGGAGGACACACUUGUGUACUUUGUAUGUACUGUGUGUGUGUAAUGCAGCGGCUGUGGAAUGUUCUGGCUUAUUAGAGUGAUAUUCCUGCUUUGUGUUGGACUGCAGUGUUAGUGGACCCUAAAUGGGGGCAAUUUAAGAGGGACAAAACAGAAUGUUUAUUUGCUGAGAAUCUUUCCCCAUGUAGACAUUCUCCCUCUACUCACCAGAACCAGGAGAUCUUCUUCUCUUGCAGGAAAACCACUGGGCCCGCAGCAAACCUCUGUAUUAUACAUAUCUGCCCAUCGUAGAGUUGUUAGCCAAACUUACAUUCUUUGACAUGUUACAAUAUUCCUAUCAUGAUAGAUCUGUAAAUAAAUAUAGCCCCAGUCCAUAGGUGCAUUCGAAGUCUACAGCGGUGUCCUUCAUCUAGUCACAUUAUUUCUUUUACAAGUGAGUAAUGGCCAACAGUGCCAAUAUAUACGUUAUGUUCACAUGAAGGAGAGUUGAUGGAACCUCUGUAAACUGUUAACAUGCACCUCUGCGACUUAUUGUGUAUGUAAUUAAGGCCACGGGGAUAUUGUGUACACAACUAAAGGGGGGUCAUUGAUAAAUGACGUUAAUGUUGAUGCUUACGUUUGUCAAGAUGAUAAUAACUAUAAUAAACAGUCAAUUCAA